AUGAAUUAAUUCGGGUUGAUAUUAAAACAUGCAAGGAAUCUCGGGUUCGAAGAAGAGCCUAAUUAUAAAUAUAUGAGAGGAUUACUGGAAAGUAUUUGUUAAUAAGAAAAAAUUACUGUUGAUUAUAAGUUUGAUUGGUGUAAAUGA